AUGCCCAAUAUGAUUUUAUGCAGUAUUGUAGUAGCGGUAAAUAUUUUAGUUUGCGGAUGCAUUAAAAAGUCGCAUCCAAGGAAACGAAAUAGCGUGCGUAAUGAUGACCAGUUGUCUUAUCGCCGCCGUCACCGGUCAUGCUCUGAACAGUGAAUUAAAGAAAAACGAACAGCGAACAGAAAAACUUCAAUAUGGCGCACGUAUUUGGAAUUGACCAUAAAUAUUUAGCUAUCUCAGCUAUAGGUUUAUCUACCGGCAUUGCUGCUUAUGCUGUAUAUCGGAGUAAAUACCCCGCGCCAUUGUCCAAGUCAGCUGCGUCCGAUGUUUAUGAGUCAAAGAAACUUCUCAGCGAGUAUCUUGUGUUUCACUUUGGCACGCCAGACCAGUUGCUUCCAUUUCAGUUCGGACCGAAAGAUUCGCUUGACUUUCCGAAAAGAUGUGCAGAUUUAUGCUUGAAAUAUUAUCAACCUAGGGUCAGGUUUAUUAAUUCAUUAUCAUUGGUCAUUGAUCAUUAAACAAUUUUUUUUUCAAAUCAAAUUCUUUGUGAGCUUGUGUAGCCUAGCCAAAAUUGAAAAAAAUUUCCCAUUUAUUAUUUAAAUUUAAUUUUGACUAAGUCGUACUGACAAUGACACUUGACUUAUACCCCUUAAUAGUAGGCCUACCACUAGUACUAGAGCUAGAAGUAUUGUGUAAAGUGUAAGCAAAGCCUGCCCUACAAGUUGCUACAAGUACAUAGCAGUUUCAUUUGGAUUUAAAUUAAUUAAUAGGCUAAUUAAUUUAAUAAGUUAAAUCAGAAGGGCCUUAUAAAUUUCACAUACUAUAGUCUAUAGUAUGGCUAUACUAUUACUAUUUUUUUAUAUACUUAAAAAAACAAUUUUUAAAAUUUAUUUGAAGUAUUUCAUAAAUUGCCAGGCUCAAACAGUGAGAGUGUGAGUCAGCAAAAUUUUUUUAAACAAUUCAGUAUAAUUUCUUUAAAUAUAAAUGGCAUUAGAAAUCAUCAGAUUUCUUUACAAUUAAUAAUUAAAAAUGUAGGCCUAUAGCCUAUUGCACAAAUUGUUUUUGACUUUGUUACUUUUUUACUUGUUAAAUAUAAUUCCCCAACUCUAGCAGCAUGAAAUUUGAAAUCAAUAUAAUUAAUUUUAAGUGAGCAUUGUAAUUCAUAUUUAAGGCAUAAGGACGAUAAGUGACAAUAGAAGAAAUCCUCAAACAUAAAAAAAAAUAUAUAGCCUAUAUAUCUUAAUUUCAUUAAACAAAUCAUCUUUAUCCAAUUAAUUGGUCUUGAUCAUUUUGUUGUGUAUUUCUUAUGCAUUGUGAAGAACAUAUACCAUUGUAAAUAUUUCAUGAAAAUUUGGUUCCAAUAGCUUUAAUGAGAUAAAAGUUAUGAACAAAAUAUUUCAGUGAUAGCCGAACAUAAGUCACAAGUUUCGGUGUAAAUUAUUAAUACAUAGGUUAUAAAAGCCACUUGAAAAUUCCAACAAAAAUUCAUAAAUCCGCUUCUAAUAGAUACAGAAAUAUAGAAUGAUACGUUUUUUUUUUCCAAAAAGCUUACGGCAAGCCCAUCUAAUGGUGAUAUUUUUGUAUAAUUAGUCAAAUUUUUACAUUUUAAUAAAAUCUAUUAACAAAUUUAUUUUAUUGUCCAUGAAUGUAAUAAAUUUUUAUUUCAUUAUUUUAUUUUACAGGAGGGAAUACCUAACAGAGCACUGGACAUUGGCUGUGCUGUCGGUAGAUCUUCAUUUGAACUUACAAGAGGUGUAGAACAGGUUAUAGGAAUUGACUACAGUCAAGCAUUUGUUAAUGCUGCUAAUGUGCUUAAGUCAGAAGGACAGUUAAAAUACAGUUUAGUCCAAGAGGGAGAUAUAUUUACAGAAGAAAUAGCAGAGGUUCCAAAGGAUAUUGUGAGUAAAUUAAGAUUGUUAUCAAAAUUCAUCCUAGCUUACUCAUUUACAGUCAUAAUAUGUGUAUCAGAUAUUUUAUUUUAGUUUGUCCAUUCAAUAGUGAUUUACAAUUUGAACACAAUUUUCUCACUCUCUGCAAGUAAAUUGAAAAUGUGACUUAAUAUAGUAUUUUAAGAAAUGUGGCUAUUCAUAUUUUGUUUUGUAUUUUCUGAUAAAGUAAGACAUUUCAACCUUAGAAGUUAUCAAUAGGCCAACUUCACAUUUAUAAAUGAAAAACAUUCAGUUCGUUACAUAUUUGAAGAGUACCAGUAUUAAUUUACUAAAUGGUUUCUUUGAAAAAAAAUUAAAAAUGUAUGGUACCAAAUUAACAUAUAAGUUAAGUAGUUUGAUCGGAACUAAUUUAAAAGUUUUCAUCUAGAAUAGGACAAAGGUAACGUUUGAACAAGGUGAUGCGUGCUGCCUGAAGUCAUCUCUGGGUCAGUUCGGAGUGGUGCUGGCAGCCAAUCUCAUUUGUCGGCUUCAUCAUCCAAAAGACUUCCUGGACAGAUUGCGGUUGCUUUUACCUCACCCAGGGUCCAUUCUAGUUAUCACAGCACCAUACACAUGGCUUACAGAUUUCACUGCAAAGGUCAAAGGUUUUAAUUUAUCACUGUGAAAGCAUAUGCUUUUAAGCUCUUGCAAUAUAUUGAAUUUAAAAAAAGGUAUAUACUUUCUGCAAAUUUUUUUUUAUAUUUAAAUGAAAAGAGAAUGAGUUAUAACAAAUUUUCCAUUUUUUCCCUGUAGUACAAACUAUAGUUUCAUGUAAUUAAUUUGUUUAAAAUUAAAUCCAUGCUUUUAGGAGCUCUGGUUGGGAGGCUUCAUAAAUCAAGCAGGUGACGCUGUCACAGGAUUUCAGACACUCCAAAAGGAACUGGGUCAAGAUUUUGACUUGUUGGAAGAGGUUAAUAUGCCUUUCUUCAUUAGAGAAACUGCAAGAAAAAACCAGUGGACAGUAGCACACGCAACAGUUUGGCGGAGAAAAUAGUUUUUAAAUUAUGUUUGGAAUUUUUUUGUAAAAAGAAUUUUGUUUAUUUGUCAAUCUGGCAUUAUCUUCUGUAUUUGCUCUGUAUUUGCCCACUAAAAAUCUAUGUCUUUUUAUUUUAUUUUUACUUCACAUUUUCAAAACCAUAAAGUCAAGAUUUUAAACAAUUACCAAUUUUACUCUUUAUUAUUUAUAGUGAACAGAAGCACAUUUUUACCGGUUCUGUUUUGUUCUCUUAUUGGUCACAUACAUGUUAAAUGAAGUUUUUAUAAAUUCACAUACAUUUGACAAUCACUUUGUUUUAAAAAUCUUUGAUAAAAGGUGUGCUGCAAUGAUUUUAUGCUUAAAUUUAAAUAAUUGCUAUGAAAGAAAGUCACUGUGUAUUGACAGAGAAUAAAGGGAUCUCAUAUUAUAGAUUUUUUGUUAAAUUAUUUGUUUACCGAGCAUUAGAAUG